AAAGCCAAUCUGUCGUCGAAUUUAAUCGAAACGAUACUCCGAAGUCCAAACAAAGAACCCUAGCAAUCCACACCCUCCGUCCUUCCUCUCGCCGUGGAAUUCUCCACCACCGCCCGUCUCCUCUUCUGUUUCCUUCACCGUUGCCAUUCGCCUCUGUCUGACAUCGUUCACCAACUAGGUAGGCAAGAUCCUCGUCUUCUCAAACGGUUUUAUGUCUAAGCAUCCAUGAGUGAAAAUAGCUGUCAAGCUACAUCGAUACUAUGUUUAUGACAAGUAUCAGAACAUUAUACCAAAAUUAAUUUACAGCCAAUAUGGAUUCGGACUUGCAUUCUCCUAUGGAUAGUGAUGGAGCUAAAGCAGCAUUUCAUAAGCCUUCAAAUGAUUCUUCCAACAGAAAGUAUCGCCGUAGGUCUCCAGUGAGUGGCUCUUCUUCUUCUGAUGUGGAGCCCGCUUGUGACCGUAGUUCUACCCCCACCCAUUCCUUGCAAAGGAAGGAUGACAAUAGGGAUUACAAAAGAAGCCGUUACAGCAGUUCAAAUUCAAACAGACAUUCUGAUCGAAGAUCUUAUAAUGAUCGUAGGCAUGAUGAUCAUAAAAGAAGGGACAAGUAUGCAGAUGAAGAUCAGAAAAGCUUUCAUAAGGGCAGCUAUAGUGAUAAAUACUCCCGAGAUAGAUCAGAUGGUUCAGGACAUAGAGGUAGGGAUAGGGACAAAAGGGAUGAAAAAAGAGACUACCCAAGAGCUUCCAAGGGUGGGAAAAGUGAAUCAUUACCUACUUUUGAGGAGUCUAGGGGACAUCGAUCCGGACAUCAUCAUCAUAAAGACACUUCUUGGAGGGAUUCUAAGGAGCUUGAUGACACCAAAUAUGGAGGAAGGUUUGAAAAGGGAAAGUCCUACAAUCAGGAGGCUAGGGAACUUAAGGACCGACAUUUCAAGGAACCUAAAGAGCUAGUUGAUGAUAAAACUGUUUUAGCUGCAAGGAAGUCAAUGUUUAGCAUGGAUAAAGAUCCAGAGUUCAGCAGGGAUGGUAAUUCAGGUUCAAAGCAUGUGGGUGUUGCCAAUGAAGUCCAGUCUUCAAGUUCAAAACAUGGUCAAGAGUUUGUUGGUAAAGCGACUGUAGAGCAAGAGUUCGUGAAGGAUUCUGAUAUAGAUGCUGCAAAAAUAGCUGCAAUGAAGGCUGCAGAGUUAGUGAAUAGAAACCUGAUUGGAACGGGCAUCAUGUCAACUGACCAAAAGAAGAAGCUGUUAUGGGGGAGUAAGAAGAGCACAGCUACCGAAGAGAGUGGUCACAAGUGGGACACAUCCAUGUUCUCUGAUCGGGAACGACAAGAGAAGUUCAAGAAACUCAUGGGUGUAAAAGUGGACCCCAAACCAGAUGUUUCAGACGCCACUCUUGCAGAGAAGCAGAAAGAGCUGCAGAUCGACUUGGAAAAACAGUACACUGCUGGCCUUCGUCGCAGAGAUGGCCGUACUGUUGGCUUAGGCCUUUGAUCUUCUUCUACUUAUUAUACAUCUUUCUUCUACCUCCUUAUCAUUAUCAUGCUUCUUUUAAACUAUGUCACCUUUUCCAAACUAUGAUUCUAAUGAGUAGUUAUCACAACGUAUCUUAUCUCAUGCUAUUGCUUUCUGGUAAAAAG